AUGGCAACUCAAUCUGCCUUGAUGGCUCCACUAGUAUUCAAUGGGGAACAUUACCACAUUUGGGAUGUAAAAAUGAAAGCUUUUCUUCGUGGACAGAGACUGUGGCAGUACAUGGAAGAAAACAAGCAGCCACCUCCUCUUGGACAGAAUCCUACGUUGAAUCAAAUGAGGUUGCAUGAGGAAGAAACAACCAAAGCACCGAGAGCUCUCUCUCACAUACAUGCAGCUGUGACUGACCUUGUAUUUACAAGGAUCAUGGCAUAUAAAAACCCCAAAGAAGCAUGGGAUAAAUUGAGAAAGGAGUACAUGGGUAGCACUACAACAAGGAAUAUGCUAAUAGGAGUGGAGUUGACAGAUCAAAGGGUUAUGGAAAAGGUUUUGGUAAGUCUCCCAGAGAGAUUUGAGUCUAAAAUCUCUUCUCUAGAGGACUUUAAAGAUAUGACUCAGAUCACAUUGACUGAGCUUGUCUAUGUCUCUAAGCUCACGAGCAAAGAAGGCUCUUAA